GAGAGAGAGAGCACACUAGGAGCUGGGUAUAGAUGUAAGGCUUCAUUCUUCACCACUGAGUUUUUUCCUUUCAGAAAUAUGAACUACUAAAGCUACUGAAGUGAAUAUCUUCAGUGGUAUCUUUUUAGGGAUAUCUUCUUGCACUGUUUCCAAUUGCAUAGAUCUCAAUGUAAAGUAUUAAUAAUAAAUCACAAGAUAAUGUCUUUAAAAUUCUGUCUUAUUGAGGCAGGGUCUCAUGUAGUCCAGGAUGGCCUCAAACUCAUUAGCUAUUCCAGGCUAAUUAUGAAUUUCUGAUUCUCUUAACCAUGCUAGGAGUAAAACAUCGAUUAAAGACAGAUUUAUGUAGUUCUGGUGACCACUAGACUGGGCAAACACUACUAACCGAACCACAUGGCCCAGCCCUAAUUUUUAAGAAUAUUAUGUAUUUACUUGUUUUGAGACAUUGGCCUUCAGUGAAAUUUUGGAUCUGCUAAAAACAGCCAUAUUCUCCUCCUGUCCACUAUUGUUGUUUUAAAAAUCACAUAAAAUGGAAAAAAAAAAACCUGUCAUUUCAUUGCUGCUUGAGAAGUCAUACUCUGUCUGCUCCUGCCACCUGACGGAUCUCCUCUGAGAGAUGCUCCAAGUCAAUGCCUGCCUUAAAUUACUCGGAAAGGCUGAACUGUGCAGUGAAGAUGGAAGUCAGUGUUGUUUCUAGACAUGAGAUUCCUAACUCACCUCUUUAGAAAUGACCUAUAUCUAGUUAGUACAUUGAUUUCUUAUCGUCAGUGAGCGUGUUUUCUGAGGCAAAAGGAGACAAGACAUUUAAUGAGGGAGUCCCCUAGGGAAUGGGCAACUAUGCUAAAUAGACAUUGUCACAGGAAUCUCAGUGUCUGGGGUCUGUCUCAUCAGCCACUAAAAAACGAUUACACAAUAGAGCUAUGAUCUCAUUCCACUUUGGGGAUGGAAACUGGUGAACAUUUGAACACAGUAACUGGGGUCACCAAGCGUCCAGGGAAAGACUGCAGAAGUUCCUAGCUUCUGCAGACAGGUUCCCAGGCCCUUAAGGCAGUCACUGGCCAGGCCACCGCAAGGACGCUGAGAACAACUCCGGUUCCCAGCAGAGCAUUAGCGCGCAUGCGCCUAAACCUGCUAGUGUUCCAGGGGAGAAGGUUGAGCGUUUGAGUGUCCAUGGCAACCCGACGCUUCAGCCUUCUGGAAGUUUACAAUCUAUAGCUUGUGGGAUACCCGUCCUGGUGGGAGGGACCUGGGCUUGGGGGACUGAUGGGGGAACAAAAGGGUGGGGGUGGGGGCUAGGGAAGCUGGGAAACAUUUGCCUUGAUGUAAACUAAGAAAUAAUUGGUUCAAGGCUCAGCACAAAAGGAUCUUGUCUUUCCGGUGCUUUCGCCCACACAGGGAAGGAUGCCUCUGGAGGUGGUGGUGGAACUUCAAAUCCGGGCGAUUUCUUGCCCGGGAGUGUUCCUGCCGUACAAGGAAGGUGUGUACCUUGGUGUCUACCUCCUGAAUCAGUACCUGGAGACAAACUGCUUUCCUUCUGUGUUCCCUAUUGCGAUUCAACAGAACAUGAUAUUUGAAAAGGUAUUUGAAAAUGCAAUAGAUCCCGGAGCUGUUGCAGAAAUUUUAGAAAGCUUCCUAACCAGGUUUGAAUUGAUACAGCUAGUGUCUCCAGCAUGGGAAGAGCUGGCCUACUAUGAAGAAAACACACGAGAUUUUCUGUUCCCCGAGCCCAAGCUGACAUCUUCACACCUUGGCAUGUAUAGGGAGGUGCUUAUGAAGACACCAAUAGGUUUUCCAGGCAUUGCUCCCAAACUAGAGUUUUCUACAAGGACAGCCAUCCGAGAAUGUGUGUUCCCACAGAGAAACAGAUUUUUUGAGGAGAACUGUAAACCCCAAACACCUUUACCGAAAUCACACGGGCAAAGAACUCCCACAAAUAACAGAAAGACGAAGCAGAAGGAGAAAAGUCCUGACCGACUUCCCAAAGGCACACAGGCCCGGGUCCCCUCCCCGUCUUCCCCUAGACGUCUCGUCCAGCACCAGCCAACUCAGCAGAACCUUGGAAAAAGCUUCAGGCUCCCUGAAGCAAGAAAGCCUCCAUUUGUGGUUAGACAUGUGGACAGUGAAAACCCCUUUGGAGAAAGCAGUUUGGAACAUCACUUACCGAAGUCCAGAAGAAAAUCGAAGGUUUUAGACUUCGCUCUUCCAGUGAGAAGAGCAUCUUCUCUUGAAAGCCUUGAAGCAAACGUAAAGGUCACCAGAGAGCCUGACGAGCGCAUUGUCUUAAGGAGUCAGACAUCACCACCUUUAGAUCCGAGGAAGUCCGGACGACCCUCGCCCAAUCACCGAGGGGAUGUGGAGCUCCUGCUGGACACUUCACUUCCUACCUCCCAGCAUUCCAGAUCUCCCAGCCCUCUGGAUGAGCCUCUCCUGGGAGAAAGGUUCCAUCCUCGCUCCCAGUCCACGUGGAGGAAGAUCCAUGAGAGAGUGUGCAGCCUCCUGACAUCCCACAGAGCUCACUCGAAGGAAGAUUUUAUCCCUGAAACAAAUUAUAUCUGUGAAAGACCAAGCUACCCCCUGAAGAAACUCCCACUACAUGGACAGAGAUAUUUUUAACUACUGUCUCCUGGGAACAUGAAUGAAAACCAAAGAAAGAUGAAGGGCCCAGUCGUCGAGACACUGACACAUUCCUGGAGAAAUGAACAUUUUUUUUUUGUUGUUGUUGGCUGGGUUGAGUUACUGGUGCCUGGCUCCCAUUAAAUCAAAGUUUAUACUCAGUCUUUUGUGCCCAAGGUAAGAUUUGUUGAUUAAAUU